AUGGCCCUCAAGGGCUACCAACUCUACACCACCACUACCCCCAACGACAUCUCCACCAAGUGGGUCUCAUGCACAUACCACGCCCGCGACCGCACCACCGCCUUUGCCGCCCACGACUGGCGACAGUUCGGAAGCGGGCGACUCGACCGACAGUCCGACAGCGCAAUCUCGCUCGACUAUGAGUCCGAGUCCGAGUCUGAGUCACCACCGUCCUUUGGCAUGGAACAUGCAAAGGAGAUGGGCCAUGGCAAGCAGAACUCAGGAUCAUACUCAUCGUCAUACUCGAGUGAUGCGAGUCCAGCCGCGGGUGUGCCGAGCAUCCCGCCGCCAUCGCAUGCACGCAACGACGUGGAGAUGGAUGUGAUGCCCAAGCAUGCGCCUUCAUCAAAGCCGGCAGAGACACAACCCAGAUUGCGGGCGCAUGGCGCGCGGACGUCCAACUCGUUCCGGGCGCUGGUGCGGAAGAAUGCAAGCAUGCAGCUCGCUCAGCGAAAGACUAACAUCUGCCAGAUCUGUACUCCGGUGGUCAUGGUCUCACUCGUCGGCAUCAUGUCGCUGAUCAUCAACGCGCUCAUCAAAGCGCCGACAGUCGACCCGAACAACAUCAUCAACUUGCUACCGGAAGAGUAUACCUUUCCGCCACGCGGCCCGACCGCAGUGGUCAACCUCAUUCCGACAUCACCGUCGUCGACGGUGGUCGGCGAACGCUUUCGCGAUGGCUCGGGCUAUGGAAUGCUCGCUUGGGCGCCGUUUUCCGACAUCAACAACGCGUCGGGACAAGUCGAGUACUCGGCGCCGAACACACGCGGGUUUGCAUCGGCCGACGCCGCCGAUCUCGCGCUCGCGACCCAGUUUGCCGAUGAAGCGAACCGAGUUGAGGCCUUUGAGCGCGCCACCGGGUACAGCAUCAAGGACGUGACCAAGACGUUGCAUCAGGGCUGUCCCGACUAUUCGGGAGAAUCGUCGCCAGACACGUUUUUGGCGCAGUGUACGCCUGCACAGCGCGAGGUAUUUCUCUUUCAGCUCGCGCAGGAGAAGCGGGUCAUUCCGGCUGGACUGAUCUUCGACAAUGUCCUCAACGGAACCGACAACGCACUCGAGUACACUAUCCAGGGCGGGAAUUUGGUGGAUCCGGACAACACCAACGCUUUUCGCAUCAACGACGCAGUGCCGUCGUGGGAACGCGCCGGGCGCAAGUUUGCGUACUACGUGUACAUGAUCCAUAACGCGUUCAUCCGGUUCACUCUCUCGCCUGACGCGCGGCUGAUUGCCACCUUCAAGCCACUCCCCGAGCGCGAGUACGACGACUCGGCUGACUUUGACGCUGUUGCGUUUCUCUCGUCGUUGCUCUUCCCGUUUGCCACCUCUUUUCUCCUGCCGGUCUUUGUCUACACGCCCCUCUAUGAGAAGGAGUCACGGUUGCGGGGCUUGAUGGCCAUGAUGGGCCUCUCGUCGCGAGUGUACUGGGCGGUCAACUACGUGUAUGACUACAUUCUGCACACACUCUCAUGUGCGGCGUUUAUUGGGAUCGGGCUCGUGUGGCAAAUUCCGUUCUUUCUCCGCACGCCGCCCCUCAUCUACAUCGGGGUGCUCUUUCUCUGGGGCCACGCGCAGAUUGGGCUUGCCUUUGUCAUGGCGGUGGUCUUCCGCAAGUCGCGGCCAGCGGUUGUCAUCUCGUAUCUCGUCAUUGUGCUAUCUGUUGCGGUUGCCCAGAACAUCAACAACUUGCUGUACGCACCGCCAAAGCGUGCGUCUGUCGUCAUGCUCGGCGUCUGGCCACUCUUUGCAUACUAUCGCUGCCUCUUUCUCAUCGCGCAGUCGAUUUCGCGCGACGCGCCUAUGACUUUGAGCGGCGUCUUGCGACACUCGCUCAGCAAGUCAAGCACGUACGAGUAUGAGGUCGGAACUGCGGCUGGCUGCCUGCUGUUCCAGGCGUUGGUGCUUCUUGGCAUCGCCGCAUACCUCGACAACGUGCUGCCGCAGCAGUUUGGUGCCCAAGUCACUCGGCACGACGCUGGCGACGACGAAGAAGAUGCGCGCGCUGGCCAUGGCGCGCUCCUCGGUGACGAUGAUCUAGCCGACUUGCUCGAGCAGGAAGAGGGUGAGGACGAUGAUGUGCUUCGGGAGCGCGAGUACGUGCAGUCGUUGCUGAGCGCAACCGGGCCGGGCAUCGACGAUCACGCAGUAGUGGUCUCGAACAUCCGCAAGCGGUACGCCAACGGCAAGGUGGCCAACAAGUCGCUCACCUUUGCCAUCCGGCACGGCGAGACGUUUGGCUUGCUUGGAGCCAACGGCGCCGGAAAGUCGACGCUCAUCUCAAUCCUCACCGGGCUUUAUCCGCCGUCGUCGGGCAAGGCCUGGAUUGCGGGCCACGACAUCACGACGUCGAUGGACGCGGUUCACCACGCCAUCGGCGUUUGUCCGCAGCACGACACGCUGUGGGACCAGCUGACGGUGAGGCAGCAUCUAUUGUUUUAUGCCCGGGUCAAGGGCGUACCGGCCGCGGACGAGGCGGCGCAUGUCGAGGAGAACAUGGCACUACUGGGACUGGAGCCGUUUGCUAACCGCAAGGCGUCCCAGCUGUCGGGAGGCAUGCAGCGGCGGCUAUCAGUGGCGAUUGCCGCGACUGGUGACUCGGUGGUAGUCUUUCUGGACGAACCGUCAUCAGGCGUCGACCCUGCGACGCGGCAGGAUCUGUGGGCCGCAAUCACCAAGCUGCAGGACCAGGGGCGCUGCAUCGUGCUCACGACGCACGCCUUGGAGGAGGCUGACACGCUCUCGACCCGGAUCGGAAUCAUGACCAAGGGUCGCAUGCGGGUGGUCGGCACCAAUGACCACCUCAAGGCCCGCUACGGCGGUGGAGUCAAGAUCGAACUUGCUUGCGUCGAUGAGGCAGUGACAGAGCCGGCCAAGGCGCUGGUAGCGGAGCUCCUCCCAUCGGCGCAGCUCAUCUCAGAGUUUGCUGGGCGCCUCGCCUUUGAGGUCGACAAGGCCUCUGUUCGUGUCUCGACCCUCUUUGCCGCCUUUGAGGCCCGCAAAGUCGAUGCCGGCGUCCGUGACUGGGGCAUCUCCACAACUUCACUCGACGAUGUCUUUCUCCGCGUUGUCACCGAAGACGAAGCCGAUGACUCGUAG